AGACGUAGAUAUGCCAGUGGUGAGCGUAGAUUGUAUAUAGUGCAAGCGAGUGUUGCUUAGAAACUCUCAGACAUGGACAACCGAUGUCUGCACCGGGUUCCGUCAGAAAAUGAGGGGCAUCCUGUCUAUCCCGGCGGCUAUCUGGAGAACUCAUACGUCGACAACAGGCACCGGUCUGCGGCUCCUGAACCGACUCAGUGUUCUCCUUCGCUGGGACAACUACAGCCGGAUCACACCGCUCCUCCAUGGACUCCUCCACCAGGAUUUGUCGCUCGCAAUUUCUUUGCGCCGUCUACCAGAGGAGAGGGUUUAGGAGUGUAUCGCUUGGACCUUCCAUAUGCAUUUGACCCCUCCGUACCUCCGCCUUCCUUCGACUGCCCUCCACCUAGACACUUGGUGAACCUAGUCCCUUCCGCCACGUUAAACGCGUUUAGCAGCCUCCCGCAGCUUAGAGUUGGACCUCCUGCCAACUCUGAUGGUUUCCGGUCAGAAUUAGUUUCCGAUGAGAAUCGGCAGCAGGAAUAUGAAGAUUACCGUGACCGGGGACGGGUCAUGGUCCUGAGAAUGAAAACGAAAACCGCCCUUCAGAGGAAGCAGGAUACACAGUGGCUCAGGCGGUUCUGUCAGAGCAGGGCUAAACUGUCGAAUAUCACACAGGUCCAGCUGCAGCAUCGGCCCCACCGCUGUGACCAUGUCCUGAGAGAGUCUUUGUACGGAGCAGUUCAGCUAGUUUCCGCGAUUGAAGAAAUGCAUCAUUCUUUGAAAGAUAACGUGGAGAAUGACUGUGUAUGGACAGACUCACAAUUGACUGUUUUGAAAAUGAAAAGUGAGGUCCAGGACAUAGUGAAACUCUUAAGUGACAGAGACUGUUUAAAGAAAUUUAAAGUUAAACUGAGUCGUGUUGCUCAAAGGAGAGCCCGGAGCCUGGGGGCUAGUAACCUGAUGCAGCAGGAGGAGAGAGACCGGUGGGAAGACAUUUCUGAGAAAGAGGCUUCUAUAGACAUAUGGAGGAUGAAGCAGAUAAAUCAAGUACAGGAAAAGAUGAAGGAGCAGGAACUGAAGCUGACUGCAGACCGGGUCCUCUGUGAGGUGAGGAAAAAACAGGCAGAUGUCAAGAGGAUGCAGGACAUUCUGAGAUCUCUGGAGAAACUGCGCAGGUUAAGGAAAGAGGCAGCAUCCAGGAAAGGUAUCAUCUCAGAGCAAGAAUGUGAUAAGGCAUUCAGCAGUCAACUGGAGUGGCUGAGGAGUGUGAUGAAAAGACGGACAGUGGUUUACUCGGCAGAGGAAAAAGCUCUGAUGGUGAUGCUGGAAGGAGAGCAGGAGGAGGAGAGGAGGAGAAAGCAAGAGGGACGAGUGAAGGAGGAGAGCGAGACACAGUUAAAGAACAAACAGAGAGUCCAUACCAUUCUAUUUGGAGAUGAUGAUGUUGAUGCAGUCCUGCAGCCAUUCAGAAAAUAUUAUACCCAGGCUCAACGCUCACUGCACGCUUUAAUACAAGUCAGGAGUGAGUGGGAUGUGUUUACGGUUGAAGCGGAUCAUCCUGAUGGUUCUCUGGUUCCUCAGAGCUGGAUCCUCCCAGACCCCCCCUCACACCAGGACUGGGAUUCCACUCUGCAACCAUAGUGAGACAGACUCACUGUAUGUACUGUCAAUAAGAGACAGAAUUAAACUCACAGGUGUCAAUCAAAGCUCCCAUUCCUUAUCCCUCCUAUAGAGGAAAUUAACAUAAGACAAAUAUACUUGCAUUAGACUGGACCAGCACACUCUCACUAUGUAAAUAAAUAAUAAUAAUAAUAAUAAUAAUUCCAUAUACUGUUAGAUAAAGAGAGGCCUUGGUUUUCUUGAAAUAAUGACAAAAUUGACAAAAUAAUUAACUUGUGACGCAAUCUUUGAGUUUUCCAUUUGUACCAGGUUGUCAGACAAAAAUUCUGUAUUUCAGACCUUAAAAGUGAUGAUGCGAUUACUGCAGUUAACUCACUGCACUAUAGUGAGGAGAAAAACAGUGUCACAAUGUUCAUGUGAUAACAUCCACAUAUUUAAUAAGGUCUUAUGAUGGCUCUUGACUACCUGAUGAAAUGUAGUAUUAACGGAACCCAAGUGGAGACCAACUAAUAGUGUCAUAUUAUUGUGAUAAUUUUGUCUCAUACAAAGCUAAAUCCAUUCAUAUAUAUUUUUUAUUUUAUGAAUGAACAGGUUAACUUGUUGUACCUGCCUAGUUAUUGUUAGUGUAUUUAAAUUCAUAUUUACCGUCCUACUACAAUUGUAUUGUAAUUUUUAUUGUCAGGUUGUCAUACAAAGAAUUGGAACAAUAAUUAGCAGGCUAUUUGUUUACGAGGGUCCUGCUUUCAAUUUAUCCAGUAAUCUGCCUUCCCUCCCUACUAUAUAUUUUUUUUAAAUUUGUAACAAGUCUUUAAGUUAUUAUUAAACACACCUUGCAGCAGUUUGUCUUAAUUAAGGCGGUGUUCUAUCAUGUUUACAAUUACCUGACGACUCAGAAGUCUUUUAGCAUAUCAAUUCUGACUCAAUGAACAAUGGGCAAAAUGGAUAGAGAGCAUGCCCUGAAAUGGCCACUUAAAGUUUGUUGUCAUAACUAGCCAUCGCAAUGAGAUGUCUAUAGGUCUAUGCUUUAUUACCUUGCAUGCAACAGACAGUUAUUUUCUUCCCUGUGUGUGUGCUUGUGUGAACAUAAGCAAAAUAAAGAUGGUUAAAGACUGA